CCCUUCUUCCUGCGCUGCCUCUACCUGGUGGGCUUCCUGGAUUUGUUUGGUGUCAGCAUGGUGGUGCCUUUGUUGAGCCUUCACGUCAAGUCUCUUGGAGCAAGUCCCACCGUUGCUGGAAUAGCAGGCUCGUCCUACGGCAUCUUGCAGCUCUUUUCUAGCACACUGGUGGGCUGCUGGAGUGAUGUGAUUGGAAGACGGCUUUCCUUGCUGGUGUGCAUUCUCUGCAGUGCCCUGGGUUAUCUUAUUCUUGGAGCCUCUACCAACAUGUUCCUGUUCGUCCUUGCUAGAGUCUCUGUGGGUAUUUUUAAACAUACACUCUCCAUUUCAAGGGCUAUGCUUUCUGAUCUGGUUCCAGAGAAGGAGCGACCAUUAGUCAUUGGACAAUUAAAUACAGCGUCUAGUGUGGGCUUCAUCUUGGGCCCCAUGGUCGGUGGCUAUCUUAGUGAACUGGACGGUGGAUUUUGUCUAACAUGCUUCAUCUGUUUUUCUGUCUUCAUUCUCAAUGCUGGUCUCGUUUGGCUGUUUCCAUGGAGUGAAGUGAGUGUCCAUAGUACCGAGAGCAGCCUGCGAUUGGGUGAGAACCAUGUGCCUUUGGGCAAGACAGACUGUGCCGUGCAGGAGGCGAGCCUGGGGCCUGGGAGCGUGAAGGGCCAGCAGGCCCGUGGGCCCUGGGCGGAGUGCGUGGCCGCGCUGCGGGGCCUGAAGAGCCUGGUGUUCUCGGAGAUGUGGGACGUGUUCCUGGUGCGCUUGCUCAUGGCCGUGGCGGUCAUGCUGUACUAUAGCAAUUUUGUCUUGGCCCUCGAGGAGCGCUUCGGGGUGCGACCCAAGGUGACGGGCUACCUCAUCAGCUACAGCAGCGCCGUGGGGGUCCUGGCCGGCCUGGUCCUGGGGCCCGUCCUGCGGCUGUACAGGCACAACUCCCCCAGGCUGCUGCUGCACUCCAGCGCACUCACCUUCCUGCUGCUGCUGCUCUACUCCACGGCCCCCACCCUGGGCGCCGCCGUCGUCCCCUCCGUGCUGCUGUCCUUCUCCACGGCCCUCGGCAGGACGUGCAUCACAGACCUCCAGCUAGCUGCCGGCGGGGCCCAGGCCAGGGGUACCCUCAUAGGUGUGGGGCAGUCAGUGACGGCCGUGGGCCGGGUCAUGGCCCCCCUCCUCUCCGGAGUUGCCCAGGAGUUCAGCCCUUGUGGCCCCCCCAGUCUGGGGGCAGCAUUAGCGUUGGUGGCUGUUUUCAUAAUGUUGCUGAACAAACCUCGCUAUGGUGGUGACUGGAGCGGCAGAUUAAAACGUGAAUAGAAUGGAUUUGGACAAUGCAAGCAGAAUCCGAGGGUGUGAGUGGGGAGAGGCCAGGUGAGAGGGUGCGUUGGGAAGGGUGAGUGUCUAAGUGGGACGCUUCCAUGCGGCUCCUCCAGGCGAGCCUCCAGCUCCGCGCCUAGGCCCGUGGGACGAUCAGAGCCCAUCAAGGGGAAGGAAAGCAGUGAUGGGAGAGGAACUUGUGCAAGGGCAGAGGCCCACGGGUUUCCCUCCUCAAUAAAAGCAGACUGCGGUCAGCCGGGA